UUGCUCUCCAACAAGAUACGGUUACAGAUGCUCCUGAUAUUGAUGAAGCUCCGGAGGACUGUGUAGGAUCACAACAUCUACAGUUUCAGAAGGCGGAACCGAGACCAAAUGUUGAAUCAGCACAAGCCACCAGCCGUGAUGAUGGCUAUUGUCUGGUCACCAGGGACAAAUGAUAACUUUCACCAUGACGAGACCCUGCAGUACCUCCUCAUUCUGUGCACCAAAGUGGCUUUAAACACGUUUGUGUUGUACUUCUGGAGGAGAAGCAUUCUCAAGUCUCUCCUGGGGAUCUGCAGUGUCUCCAUGUACGUGGCGGACGUCCUGCUGGUCUGCGCCGUCUCCAGCGCAUGGAUCCUCAGAGAGAACCUACCCACGUCCACUUCAAUGUGCUUCAUCCUUGCUCACGGAUCCACCAUCUAUGCCUUGCUCCCUCUACCAAUUCUCAUCGCCGGGGUGUUUGACUAUGCCAGUUACCCAAACCUAGACAAAACCCACUGCAGUCGACGCAGAGUUGUCAGUUACUGUUUGUUUGCUGUGCUUUUGUGGGUAUCAGUGAUCAUCUACACGUACCACAGCACCAACACGCAACCUACAGAGAUUUACAAAGACAAUUUGAAGCUAAUAGUGUGUCGUGUUCACGGAUCUACUGUAGUGUUUCAGUUUAGCAUGUACGUAUUAACUGUGAUGAUCCUCAUACUUCUGCUUCAUCUGAAAAAGCUGACUGGAUGGGUCAGUAGAGCCAAGAAACUGGCGAAGCUGGAAAACCUAACAUUUCUCUCAGAUCAAGACUAUAGCCAGAUUGAGGAAAGUGGAAAUUCGGAAAUUCCAGAAAGUUCCCCUCCUCUCUUUGUGAGUCUAACUCUAGGAUUUGCAAUGAACUGGGUGCCGUACUUGUUAAUAUCUGUGACUUGUGUACUGGUGGAUUUCGCAGUGCCAGCUUAUGCCAGCGUCAACCUUCUAUGGAUGGCUUGUGCCAAUAGUCUAAUGGUUGGUAUUGCAUUUUGGUUGAAGAGUGACAAGAUUGGACCGUUCACCAAAUUCCCAGAUGACACUUGUUUUUGGAAAGUUUACUGGCACUUAAGCAAUGAAUCGCCAAUAACUGUGGACAAAACAAGUUUAUAUGUAACUAUACCUAUCCAAAAGGUCUAGUCGAAAGCAAUUUAAGGCUUGCAUGACUACACUUUAAGUGGGCCCCUCAAGUCAUUGUCAAAGAUGAAGACCGGAGGGGUGGGGGUGGGUGGUAAUGGGCAUUGAUGAUCGUCGAAAGUGAAGAGCGGGGAAGGAGGACAUUGACGAUUGUCGAAAGUGAAGAGCGGGGAAGGAGGCGUUGACGAUCGGCAAAAGUGAAGAACGGGGAAGGGGGGCGAUGACGAUUGUCGAAAGUGAAGAGCGAGGAAGGGGCGUUGACGAUUGUCGAAAGUGAAGAACAGGGAAGGGGGGCAUUGACGAUCGUUGAACGUGAAGAACGGGAAAGGGAGGCCCUGACGAUCGUUGAAAGUGAGGAGCAGGAAAGGGGGGCAUUGACGACCAUCAAAAGUGAAGAGCAGGGAGGGGAGGCAUUCACGAUUGUCGAAAGGGAAGAGCUGGGAAGGGGGCGUUACCAUUCAUCGAAAGUGAAAAGCGGGGAAGGGGGA